AUUCUCCCCGGAAGCGGCUGUGGAGCAACUUCCAGAUGCCUGGAGUCUCCAACUACACCACAAUGAUUCUGAGCCCAGAUGGGCAGGCCUUGUACGUUGGUGCCCGCGAGAUGCUUCUUGCUCUGAACACCAGGGCCUUCUCUCCCGGGCCCCAGCACCAGCAGCUCAUCUGGCACGCCGAGGAGGAAAAGAAACAGCAGUGCAUCUUCAAGGGCAAGGACCCUCAGAGAGACUGCCACAACUACAUCAAGGUCCUCCUGCAGCUGAAUGAGACCCACCUAUACACCUGCGGGACCAGCGCCUUCAGCCCCACCUGCACCUACAUUAGCCUGCCAGCCUUCCAGCUGCAGCGAGACCCUUCGGGGCAGCUCUUGCUGGAGGAUGGGAAGGGACGCUGCCCCUUUGACCCGGAGUACAGAUCUACAGCCAUCAUGGUUGAUGGGGAACUGUAUACGGGGACUGUCAGCAAGUUUCAGGGCAACGAGCCCACCAUCUUCCGCAGCCUUGGCAGCCGCCCGCCCAUCAAGACAGAAAGUUCCCUCAACUGGUUGCAAGAGCCGUUCUUUGUGGGCUCAGCCUUCCUGCAGGAGAGCAGCAGCCCGGAGGAUGAGGAUGGCAAGAUCUACUUCUUCUUCAGUGAAACCGGCAAGGAGUUUGACUUCUUUGAAGACACUGUUGUGUCCCGUGUUGCACGUGUGUGCAAGGGUGACCUGGGUGGAGAGCGUGUGCUCCAGCGACGAUGGACAACCUUCCUGAAGGCUCAGCUGCUCUGCUCCCACCCAGAGGAUGGCUUCCUCUUCAACGUCCUUCAGGACAUGUUUGUGUUGACGUCAGGCGACGGAUGGCCAGAGACGGUCUUUUAUGGGGUCUUUACCUCUCAGUGGGAUAGGAAAGGCCCUGGGGCUGCAGCGGUGUGUGCCUUCUCUGUCUCCGAUGUGAAGGAAGCCUUUGAUGAUGGGCUCUACAAAGAAGUCAACCGGGAGACCCAACAGUGGUACACAGAUGUCCAUCCUGUGCCAGAACCUCGCCCUGGAGCAUGCAUCAACCACAAGAGCCGCCAGAUGAAGAUCAGCUCUUCCCUGCAGAUGCCGGAUCGGGUUCUGAACUACCUCAAGGACCACUUCCUCAUGAACAGCGCGGUGAGGAGCCAGGCCCUCCUUGUGCAGCCCCGCUCUCGUUACCAGCAGCUCAGUGUGCAGCGUGUCCAGAGUCUGCAGCAAACCUACGAUGUCUUGUUUCUGGGCACAGAUGAUGGUCGCCUGCAUAAGGCAGUGAUCACGAGGCGAGGAGUCCGGAUCAUUGAGGAGAUUCAGCUGUUCCCUCCGGAGCAACCUGUCCUAGAGCUGCUGCUGGACUCUACCCAGGGUCUGGUUUAUGCUGCCUCAUAUGAUGCCCUGGCACAGGUGCCCGUGGCCAACUGCAGUCUCUAUCGGAGCUGUGGAGAAUGUGUCCUGGCUGGAGACCCUUACUGUGCCUGGAGUAGAGGGGCCUGUCAGCUGUUUAUCUCCAGCCCUUGGCCACUCCAGUCAGUGACCUGGGUUCAGGACAUCGAAGGGGCUGAGACAAGCCAGCUUUGCCAGACCAGCGGCGUGGAACUCGGCCAUUCAGAAGGAGAGCAAGCCCCAUGUCAGCAGGUGGUGCUCCAGCCCAACGUUGUGAUGCCGUUGCCCUGCCCACUGCUGUCCAACCUGGCUUCCCGGCACUGGGUGCAAAACGGGGCUGCCCUCAGCUCCGCUGUCCUGGUGCUGCCCAAGGGAGAGCUGCUGCUGGUGGGCAGUCCAGCCGAGGUGGGGCGCUACGAAUGCUGGUCUCAUGAGGGCAGCUUCCAGCAGUUGAUGGCAAGCUACUGUGUGAGUGUGGAGCCAGGGCUCUGGGCCAAGUUGGUGCCCGCCCAAGACCCCCUGAAGACCCUUAGCACCUCCAGGAGCAUCUCGGGGGAGAACGUCUCGGGGCUGUUGGAGGGCAGGACCUACUGGACUGAGUUCCUUGUGAUGUGUGGGCUCUUCAGUGUUGCCCUGACGCUGCUGAUCCUUUUCACGCUGCACAAGCACCAGGUCAGCCUGAAGGUCUGCCUGAAGCAAGGCCGAUGCGGCUGGUCCCAGCCCAGGAUUUCUCAGGACAGAGAGAUUCUGCCCGCUGAGAACAUGCCUCCCCUCUCUGGCCUGAAUGUGCCUGGUGCCCUGGCAGACCACAAGGGCUACCAGGCUCUGUGCGAGAGUCUGGUGGUGAGCAUGCCUGGGCAUGAGUCCCUAGCCGGCCCCCCUGUGGCUUUUCUGGAGUCUGAUCGGCGACCACUUAAUAUAUCCAAGACUUUCGUGGAGGUGUUGGGUCCCGCCCAGCGCCCUCGGGUUCGCCUUGGCUCUGAGAUCCAGGACUCAGUUGUGUGACCUUCCCCAAGAGUGUCAUUCUGCGGGCUUGAAAGGAGCAGGGCAGAAACUUCUGGUGUCCCCAUACUCUGGCAGAGGACCAGGCAGAAGGGCAGCCCCACUCAGCUAAGGAAUAGGGCCAGGCACUCUAGCUCUGCGGCAGGGUUCCUGCCACGGCAGUAAUGCCACUUAGGGGUAGCCUCCAGGUGUAGAACCAGGUACAGCCUCCCGUUCUAGGGUGCCCUUCAGCUCAAGCGGUGCACUGCCAGAAGUCCUUAGCACUGCCAGGAGGGGACGGAAUGGGACAACCUGCCUCUGGGUUUCUUCAGGGUCUGCGGGCACCUGGCUCCCCUUUCUUCAGCCUUGUGGGGGAACCAUUGCUGGGAGGGUAGCUUGCAUGGUACCAAAUACCUGCCUGGAAGUCACCUGUGAAAGGAGAUACUCUGGUUGAACAUCCUGUCUUUGGGAAGGAAAGCCUGGGAGAUACCUUGGUCUGACCUCUAAUGAACUGUGCACUAGGGGGGAAAUUACUGCACCAUUUUGUGUCAGAAAAACUCCUCUGUGUGGUUUCUUUGUGUGUAAAACCAGAGACCUGGUCCUGGUGACACCCACUGAUGAGCAGAAAGCAUCGGGGAGCAUCCUUCAGGGUGUCCUUCAGAACAACAGAAGCUACAGCCGGCUCCUAAAAGGAGCCCAUUUCAAAAGUUUUGUCUUUCAUCAUCCAGACUCCAGAUCAUCACACCUUAAGGGACCUUUCUCCACAGCGAAACAUUUAAUAACCCGUCUGUUUCACACAGACGUAAUCUCUUGCCUUCCAGGGGAGGAAAGAGUAGUGACUCUUGCACCAUGCUUGGGUGAAGCCAUUUAAACCAUUCCUGUGCUGUCCUUCCAACCUCAGCUGGUGCUCUGAAUAAUUGCCCCAUUCCUAAAUGCUUGGCUGGCCUGAAGAGGGGGAAGCCAUUUGCUUCCAGCAGAUCUCUUCACUGGUUAACUCAGGUGCAGUUGCCCUAACAAGGGGCUUGACUUUGGUUUAGGAGUUUGUUGAUUAUGAUCCUUGUUUGUGGUCUGUGACCAUAAACCGUCUCCCUUGGCCUGUUUCACCAACUGGAGUGGCUGUUUUGUGAAAAGGCCAAGUCCCCACCAUCCGAGGUGUCAAAGCCUGGAAGGGCCAAGGACCCUCCAUGAGGACCCGCCAGGAUUCCUGCAGGGAAAGUUCCUUGCACCGCUGGAAGCAGGCUUCUUGGUGGGUUGCUUUGGGCUCCCAGAGGGAAGAGAGCUGUUGGCCAAGGACUGGAUGGGGCUCCUGCAGUCCUACUCCUGUCAGCCUCCCACCUGAGAGGGUUGGAUUGAAAUGUGUGGCAAGACGGCAUAACUCCUGUUUUUCUGUUCUUCGCUCCUUCAAAGGCAAAACUGGGCUCUUUCUGCCGUGCUGGGAGCGAUACAGAGGAGCUUGUUCUUUGGAAAGUGAAAUAAAGAUGGAGGAACAUGA